UUCUUUUUCUAUUUGAAAAUGAAAGAGGGAAAGAAAAAAUGAGGUCUUUCCCGUUAUUGCUGUGUGCGAUUUUCGUUUUGGCGAAUUCUGUUUAUUCGGCUCCCGGAAAUAAAUCACCCAGCACUUCCGAAAAUGUCAGCGAUUCGACUUUGAAGGAAAUUUCUGAGAAAAGGGACUCGGAAAUAAAGGAAGCUGAAAAUUCCACUAAGUCUCUUAUUCCUCAUCAUCAGGAAGAUCCCAAGUUGUUGACAGAGAAGAAUGUUUCUGCUGGGGAUCUAAAAAAGGAAACAAUAUCCCCCAGCAAUAAUGAAACAUCCUCAGCCCAAAAAGAACCCGCGUCUUCUGCAAAAAGGCAGCUUACCGUUGAAGAACUCAAGUCUUACAUAGAAUAUUACUCGGAAGAGCUGCGACGCAGAUCAAACCUCAAAGCUUUAAUCGCCUGGCAAUUCGCCACCAACAUCACGGAAGAAAACUCGAAAGCAAAAGUUGAAGGAUCGUUGGAAAUGUCUACUUGGAAGCGAAACGAGUGGCUUCACAACAUCUCGCAGUUCGACUUGUCAGUGUUGGAAUCUCCUCAUUACCAGAACCUGAAAAGGCUCUUUGAUCAGGUCAAAGUCCUCGGGACUGAUGCUCUUGACGGGGAAAAAAUAUCCAAGCAAGGAUAUGAUGCCAGGAAGAUGUUUGAAUUGGCAGACAAAUUUUUCAAAGACCUGGGCUUGGAGAGUGUCAAUGAAGGUGCAAAAGAUUUCUACAAUCUCUCCAUGAUUGAAAAGCCAGAGGGGAGAAAAGUUGUGUGUCAUGCAUCUGCUUGGGAUUUCAGUGCAUCCAAUCAACUCCCAGGAGACUUCAGGAUAAAAAUGUGUACUGAUGUGACCAUGAAUGAUUUCAUCACUGUUCACCACGAACUUGGACAUAUUCAAUAUUAUAUGCAAUAUGUUGAUCAAAACCCGCUGUUCAGAGAAGGUGCCAACCCUGGUUUCCAUGAGGCAAUUGGAGAUACAUUGGCUCUCUCAGUGUCUACUCCAGGACAUCUGCAAGCAAUUGGUCUGCUGGACAAAGACUUCAAGCUGGAUGAUGAUGCAGAUCUUUCCUAUCUACUCAGAGUAGCCCUGGACAAGGUUUCCUUCCUACCUUUUGGCUACCUGAUUGACUUGUAUCGCUGGAAGCUUUUUGAAGGAGAGAUUGAGUUUAAGGACCUGAAUGAUGAGUGGUGGUUGCUAAGAGAAGGCUAUCAAGGAAUCAGAGCCCCUGUUGAGAGAUGUGAAAAUGAUUUUGAUGCUGGUGCCAAGUACCAUGUGGCAGCUGGUGUACCAUACAUAAGGUACUUCAUUUCACACAUCCUCCAGUUUGAAUUCCAUCAAGCUCUGUGCGAAGCUGCUGGAGAAUUUGAUCAGAAUGCCCCAGAAAAGAAACCUCUGCACUUGUGUGACAUAAAUGGUAGCAAACUGGCUGGAAACAAACUCAAGAGACUCUUGAAAGCUGGAGGCUCGAAACAUUGGGAGGAAGUGCUGGAGGACAUGACGGGUCAAAGAGAAAUGUCAGUGCAACCGCUGCUGAACUACUUCAAACCUUUGCGCAAGUAUUUGCAAGACUACAUCAAAGAGCAUAACGUUCCUGUCGGCUGGGAAAUUGCGUUCUGAAGUGUAUCCAGGCUAAAUUAUUUGACUUCGACCAGGAUAUAUUCCCACAUUGUGUACGGUUAAAUAGAGCAAGCUUCGUGCUUCAUUCCGAAAUAAAUAACUGAUGGUUGAAAAUUUA